UCCACCCAUCUCACAUUUCUUUUUUUUACUAUCAUACAAUUAUUGUUUUACCCCACUCCUUCCCUUUCUCUUUCUCCUUUUUCCCUUUUUUUUUUUCUCUUCUUACUCCCUCCCUCUCUCUCCCUGCACAACUACCAUGGGCAAUGUGAAUGGGAGAGACGAUGUCAACGGUUCUCCCUCCGAGACCGAAGGAGAAGAAGAAGAAGACGACGACGAAGCUGCCGCUGUUGCACCUACUCACGGUGUCGCCGAUUGCAUGUCCGCCAACCCUGGCUAUCGUGCGCCUUCCGAUAUGAUGGGUCAUUCUCCCCCUGCUAGCCCUAGAACCACCCAAUCUCCCUUCAUGUUCGCCCCACAAGUUCCGGUGGUUCCACUACAAAGACCUGAUGAGAUGCAUACUCCAAGCCCUUCCUGGAUGCAGACUACGUCAGGGUACGAGGAUAUGUACAGUGAACUCGGAAUUCCAACGAUGAUUACUUGGAGUUAUGACGGGAAAGAAGUGGCUGUGGAGGGAUCAUGGGAUAAUUGGAAAACAAGAAUGUCCUUACAGAGAUCAGGGAAGGAUUUCACAAUAAUGAAAGUGUUGCCAUCCGGUGUAUACCAAUUUCGAUUUAUUGUGGAUGGCCAGUGGAGGUAUGCACCUGACUUGCCUUGGGCUCAAGACGAUGCGGGUAAUGCUUACAACAUUUUGGACUUGCAGGAUUAUGUUCCUGAGGACAUUGGAAGCAUUUCUAGUUUUGAACCUCCUAAAUCACCAGACUCUAGUUAUAACAACUUACAACUUAGUUCCGAAGAUUAUGCAAAGGAGCCACCAUUGGUUCCUCCAUAUUUGCAAAUGACGCUUCUUAAUAUUCCGUCAACAAAUAUGGAAAUCCAACCUCUUACAGCCAGACCUCAGCAUGUAGUGCUCAAUCAUCUUUACAUGCAGAAAGGAAAGGGUAGCCCUUCAGUGGUCGCACUUGGCACUACUCAUCGGUUUCUAGCCAAAUAUGUGACUGUGGUGCUGUACAAGUCUUUGCAGAGGUAAACAUAAAUUACAUGGACUAUGUAGUCUUUUAAAUCCUUUUAGCUAAUACAGCUUCCGCCAGUACGGCUAUAAGUGAGAAAUUCUAAGCUCCAUAAGGAUAAUUACAUGGAAGUGAACAUUGUGGUACAUAUAAUGCCAAUUGCUUGAUGGCUAUUCAUCAUGCAAUUCAGUUUUCAUUCUUACAUCA